AUGCCGCCGCCACGGCCACCACCGCCAGCAAACGCAAACGCAGCAAACACAGUUAACAAUGCAACAAACGCAGCAAACACAGUUAGUAACACAAAAAACGUAGCAAACACGGCAGAUAUACAAUGGCUCGCUUUCCGCCGCCGACACGACCAAGAGUUGAAGAAAUUUCAGCAAGAUGUAGGAGACAGAAGGAAGAAGUUCGAGGAGGACGUACAGAAAUACAGACUGGCAUUGCUGGGGAAACAUAAGAGGGAGGAAGAAGAGUUCUGGAAGGAUUCUAGUAAGAAUGCGAUGGAAGACAGAGCUGGCAGUGGUGAUGGUACCAAGGCUAGUGCGAAGCAUAGUACUGCAGGAAGGAAAAUAGCUGAGAAGAAGAAGCCGGCGAUAGAGAAAGAGAAAGACGCGAGAGCCGUGAAGCAGAAAACCGACAGACUUGAUAAGAAUGCUGGGGACAGGGCGUCGGCACAGACGGUAGUCAAAGACAAGAAAGCGCCGGUCGCUUAUAGCGAUCUGAUGUCGGAUAACGAAGAAGAUGAUGAAGACGAACUGGUCGAGAUAAAGAAACCGAAUACUGCAUCUGUACCUCCGUCAGCCAAUACCACCAAGAAGUCCGCUGCUCCAGCACCCUCAACCAAGCUGACUACCCAGCAUACUUGUCAACGAGCGAGCCGGCUCGCUCAGCUCGCUCGGCUUGGACGUUUUGACCAAGCCGAAUGA